CAGAUUGUUGAUGACUGGUUAAAUCUUGUAAAAAUCAAGUUUCGUGAAGAACCUGGUUGUUGUAUUGCCGUUCAUUGUGUUGCAGGCCUUGGGAGAGCUCCAGUGCUUGUUGCUCUCGCAUUAAUUGAAGGUGGAAUGAAAUAUGAAGAUGCAGUACAAUUCAUAAGACAAAAGCGGCGGGGAGCUUUUAACAGCAAGCAACUUUUGUAUUUGGAGAAGUAUCGUCCUAAGAUGCGGCUGCGCUUCAAAGACUCCAAUGGUCAU